AUGAGAUCCCAAAUCGAUUUUCACCAAAGAGAAAUCUCUUCAGAACCCAAAUUCUUUGAACAUCAGAUCUCAACUCCAAUUUUGUUUUCAACCUUAAAAUCCAAAUCGAUUUUCACUGAAGGGAAAUCAAUUUCGCCCCAGAACCUAAGUAUCAAUGAAGAUGUUGACGAGAACGAUGUCGUAAGUGACCAAUUUCAUGCAGACGAUUCAAGUGAUAAAGAUGAAUUAUGUGAAGAACUUCAAGAGAACGACAUGGGUGACGAGCUUCAAGAGGAUGACAUAUAUGAUGAAGAGGGCAAUGAAGAUGAUGAUGAGUUUGACAAACUUGAAUGA